CGAGGCGUGAUGUGCCACUCUGCCCUGCCCGAAAACGCCUUCGUAUUCCGUUCUCACUUCAGAUCCUCUUAAAGCAGAAGUGCGACGAGUGUGGGAUAGCAAGCGACUUAUGGUCACAGUUCGUCUGCGUCAGUCAGACGACCACUUAGAGACGAAAGUGUGCAGCAGGACAUCGUGCAAUGGCGGGUACUAGCUCCACUGCUGUCCUGUCCUUGCAGGAAUACAUCACGUCCAUUGACAUCGGCUCCCUCCCCAGGAUCGUGCAGAUUUGCUCGGGGGUUUACUUUCAAGGGUCGGUGUAUGAGGUGUCUGGCAAUGAGGUCUGUCUGUCUACUGGAGACUUGGUGAAGAUAAUCAGCGCUGAAAUCAUCAAGGCAUCCUGUGAGGAUGUGAACACAAAUGACACCUUUGAGCUGCCAUUGGACUUCAAAGGGUCCUUUAAGCUUAUUCCAAAUCUGUACCCCUAUUCCACAGUGGAGGAAAUGGUCAGCAUGAUAGGAGAGCUGGAGAUGCCCUUCUACUUCACUAGCAAAGUGGACAUACAUUUCCAAGGGCUGGUCAUACGCAGUGGAGAGGUCAUGGAGCUCCUGUCGGCCCAAAUGGACGAAGGGAAGAAAUGUGCCCACUGCAUCCUGCGAGACGAGCAAGGCGAAGUUCCUCUGUACAUCCCAUUUUCCUGCCAUGGUGAAUUCUAUCAGGUUGUAAGCACAGAGGCCUACACUCUCCAGGAGAUCCUGAAAUCCCCCAGGCUGUGCUCUUGUCGGAUGAACAUGGUCACCGGGGAGAAGGGCAUCUGUUCAAGCCAGGCAUCGCUCCUGAUCUCCCCAGUAUAUGAAAUUCAUGCUAUAAUGCAGUUCAGAAAGAACUCGGUGAAGAUCCCAUCUAACCUGGAGGUCGACCUUAUCGAUGUCACCGAGCAAUGCCAAGAUGUAACUUUCAUCACCCCGCUGAAUCUGAAGGAGGUGUUUUCUCAACCUGAUGACAGCUUUCCCGCAGUGUGUGAGAUUUUAGAAACUUCAGAACAUCAGAAUUACUUCAAAAGUGCAUGGCUUCCCAAAUUGAAAAAGGGCCACAGUUUCAUCAUUCAUGAAAAACUCCACUGCCAAAUGAUUCUAACAACCACCGUCUCCGGCAAGAAACCCAAACGGUAUUUCCUGAUCUGGGACAGUUACGGUGGUUGCUUUCGAAUGCGACCGCGUGAGUUUACGACUGUGCACGAUCUGUCGGUGGCUGCCUCCAGAUCGCAAAAGCUCCAAGUCAAUGUUUCCAAGUACUGCGAGUCCAUUGAGGAGGACCUGCCUUCACUGAGCAUCGGUGACCAGUUGGAGGUGCUCUACCAAACUGAGAUGCAGCUGAACUAUGAUGGGGCUCUACAGCUAGUAGAUGUGUUGGUCUGCAACAGGAUAACCGAUGUUGUUGAUGAUGAUGAUGACGAACUCCCAGAACAGAUCUCGUUACCCAUGUAUCUGGAGGGAGGAUUUGUGGAAAAGCUUAGCAAUAACAAAAAAUACACCAUCCUUGAUAUCUCCAAGAAGGUUAUCCUGCCCGUUGAUGUCAAAGUAGCUGUUCGGGAUCCCUCUGUUGAAGAUGACAUCCUUGGGAACUUCUUGACUCUCCGACUGGAAGAGAUAGCCACGGAGCCUGUCCUUAUAGCUAGCUUAAUGGAAAUGCCAGAUUACUGCUUCAAAAUUCCAAUCAACUGGAUUGACAUGUCUGUAUUUUUCUCUAAGGAACCAUUGCCGCAGCAGGCUCAAGAGCUUCCUUUAAGGCAUGAAAGUGUAUCUGAAGUAAUGGACAACUUCUAUUUUGAUUUUCGUAAAAUCACCAUUUCAGACCUGCCACCCCCACCUCGGCCUCCAAAAAGACAGAAAUCGUCAAAGAAGAAUUCCAGUCCACCUGCUCUUUCCUGUCCUCCGAUGGAUGAUAUACCUCCUAGAGUGUGCAGACUCAGCAUUAGUGAAGAGAAACCAAUGCAGAGGUGUACGUCACCGCUUGGCAGAAGCCCACUGGAAAGCCCCCCUGAGAUAUUACCAAGGAAGUCUUUGGCACAGCCAGACAAAUCAAAACUUAAUGAGUAUGUAAAGUCUCCAAAGAAAACCAAGAACAACAGACAAGGAAAUUCUGAUGAUGAUGACCACGACUAUGAAUCAAUUGAUGACACCAUCAGGUCAAUGCAAGAAAGUGUGUCCUUCUACUGAUAUGUGACCAGCAAAAACAAAAUAGUGACACAAGAGGAUAUUUCCGGAGUCCAGGCUCAGGCUACCAGUUCGUCUUAUGCCUUCAAAGAUCCCAAUGUCCUCCUCGCCUACCUGCUUUUUUUGCACUUUUGUAAUUCACAUCCUUCCUUCUUUGCAGUUUUCACUGUGUCUUUAUUAAGAUAUCAAAGUUGCCAAACUAAUCUUUGCCAAUUACCUCCUGGACAGCAGUGGCGCUGAACUGCUGUAAAGGGCUAAUGACGGGGCCAGCUGUGUGACAGAAGAUCCCAGUUCAAGACUAAGAAAACCAUUUGAGUUGAAGCUCAUCUGAAUCUCUUAAAUUUUCAAAAAGGAAAUGGAAAAGGACAUUGACCUUCUCAACAAAGAGCCACUGAAGUGAGAGUGACACGUGUGGUCAGACAUUUUAAUAUAAAGAAGAGUGAGAGAGAAGAAAGAGCGCCAACCAUGAACAUCUGACUGCAAAGGGAGACUUUCCUCUAUUUUUUGAAAGUACCUGUAAU